AUGGUUAAAUCUAGAUUCAAACGUCUAAAUACCCACAGACGAAAGUGUGGAAGAAAGAGAAAAUACGUUAUUAAGGAUGCAAAUAAGCAAUCGCGAGAUACUUUUAUAUUGAAUUUACGGAAGAUCGGUGGAUCCAUUGAUUCACUGUAUACUGAUCACACUAAGGGAUCAAAUUAUUCGUGGACAAGAGUCGAGCCCUUAGCAGUGAGUCGCAGUCAUGAAAUAGACGAAAACAGGAGAAAGGUUCUUUCUUUGAGGCAGAUUUGUGCUAGGGUAAUAGCACACAAUGCGAAUAGUUUGGACUCUUCUUACUUCGAGUUUGCUUCACCACAGUGCUGGAUCAUUGUGUGGAGAGAAGUUUUGGCCCUCGAUAAAGACAGCUUCCGAGUAUUUUCAAUGUUUGCAUCCUAUUGUACGUCUGAAUCUGGAUUUAGAUCACACAGUAUACCAAAGGUCAUUGCUGAUUAUAGGAAAUGUAAAGAUGGUAGCAAAUCGAAGGUAUUGAGGCAAAAAGCUUUACACAGCAAUCUUAUUCCUAAGUUAGGGAUUCAUAGGAUCGAAAAUGUCUUUUCGAAUGUCCUGAUUCAAAGCUUCAUCAAGACUCUUCAUGGUCUUAGCUAUCACCCUCUCGUGUUGCUUGACCUUUCUUUUGCAGCGAAAUCAAUGAGUAAAGACGAACUUAUACUUAUAUUUAAUUUACCCAAUCUUGUUGCCCUAAAUCUAUCCAAUAACCUGCAUGUCGAUGACCAUUACAUCCAAUGCCUCGUUAGUAGCAUCGAAAAAGACGAUAAGUUGAGUAAACUUACAAUUUUGAAAAUUCAAAAUUGUCCCAACGUCACCGAAUCAGGAAUUCGAAGACUUUUUGAUUUAACACAUGAAGACUGCAUUAAUAACUCAUUGGCAUUAAUUUUGACUGAUCAUUAUAUGCUUGAACCAGAAACCCGCGUUUCUUAUUGUGAAGAUGUGUCUGAUAAUAAACAAAUUCACGGAAGUAAAUGGUUUUUGGUUCAUCCUCAAAGCAGCGAAGGCAAAUUGAUGGCUAAGUUGCCUUUGGGAUUAUGUCUUCAUAUAUUGUAUAGGCUCUACCAUAAGUGCGUUAUCAAGAGACUGGGGGAGUUCUCAUUUAAUAGUACGAAUUCUUGGAGGUAUCUAUACCUGAUUCAGAGAAAUAUACUUCUAGACUUCAUGUUCUUUAGCGAAUCAGAAGAUACGAACAAAAGUGUCGACAGAACUUGGGAAAUGAGGUUGAGCUCACGGAAUCAGAAAGACAACAAAGCAUUUUGCUAUAUCAUCAACAACAAUUUAGACUCAAACGUAGACACCAACCACAGAGAAGUCGUCAAUCAAGCAAUUUCUUCAAAUGACGAUAAACUGAAAAGAAAAAAGCCAGUCAUCAGAAAUACAAAUGCUAGACAUUAUUUUAAGUUCUAA